ACUCUCUCUCUCUCCGGCCGUGGUCAUCUGAAAAUACUCGGCGAUCUCAAAAAGCUCCAUCCUCUCUGAAAAAGCAUCAUCGUCGUCUAUCUCUCUCUCUCCGACAAUGAGAGGAUCGUCGUCGCUAUUGAGACUGUUACUUUCCUUCUCCCUCAUCCUUCUCUCCACUUUCCUCGUAGCCAGUCCCACCGCCACUCCUUCCCACCACCGCCACCGCCACCAUCACCACAACCACCACCACCACUCCAAUUCCAAGCGAAGAAGGAAACAACAACCACCACCGCCGCCACCGCCCCACAAGCCGUCCUCCUGGGAGCUCUUCAAGAACCUCCUCACCUGCAAGCACAUCGAGCAAGCCCACGUCCACGACCCCACCGCCAGGAGGACCCGCGCCUACCCCGCAGCAGCCGUCGUCGCCGCCGCCGCCUCCUCCAAGUACAGCUACGCCAAGCUCGCCUCCUGCUCCUCGCUCUGCGCCCUUGCCGACGUCGUAGACCACGCCGGGACGCGCGUCGUCCACCGGUCGGACUCCUCCCCGGAGACCAGCGUCUCCGGCCACCACGAGUUCACGCCGCUCGUCAACCCGGCCAAGGGGCAUUCUUCGCUGUCGUCGACGGCGUCGUCGGCCCCGAGGGGAUUGCCCCUGAGGAGGCUCUCCGGCUGCUACGAGUGCCGACUGGUCGUCGAUCCUAGCCGCUGCCCCAUCUCCCGGCCGUCCAUCUGCUCCUGUCCUGACUGCGGCGAGGUUUUCCUCAGGCCCGACAGCCUCGAAGCCCACCAGGCCGUCCGCCAUGCUGUCUCGGAGCUGGGCCCCGACGACUCGGGUCGCAACAUUGUGGAAAUCAUCUUCCAGUCAAGCUGGUUGAAGAAGAAGAGCCCGGUCUGCCAUGUGGACCGGAUCCUGAAGGUCCGGAACACACAGAGAACCAUCGCCCGGUUUGAGAGCUACCGGGAAUCCGUCAAAUCCAGGGCGAGUCGCCGGAACCCGCGGUGCGUGGCCGACGGGAACGAGCUGCUCCGGUUCUACUGCACGACCUUUGCCUGCUCCAUCGGAACCCGGGGAUCCACGAGCCUCUGUGGUGCGGGUCUCUUAUGUGGGGUGUGUUCCACGAUCCGAAACGGUUUCGGCCAUAAGAUGGAUGACGGCCGGGGUCUCUGCACCACCGCCACCAGCGGCCGGGCACACGACUGCAUGUCGGCGACGGAGGAGGAGAAGGCGGCGUCUCGGGGGAGGAGGGCAAUGUUGGUCUGCCGGGUCAUUGCUGGGAAGGUGCGAAUGGGCGGGUCCAGCAAGGUGGCGGACGCGGAGGACAAUGAGGAGGAGCAGGAAGAGUGGGGCGGCGAAUCGGUCGGAGAACGAUACGACUCGGUGGCGGGCAUGGCCGGAGUGUACUCGAACCUGGAUGAGCUUUAUGUCUUCAACCCUAAGGCCAUUCUACCGUGCUUUGUGGUCAUCUACAGGGUCGAGGAAUAAAAACCUAUGCUAGUUUUUUCUUGUAAAUAUGUAGGUUUUUAGGGGCAGUUCUGUUGUAUCUUUACAAGUUAAAAAUAUAUUAACUGAGUUUGGAUGUUCUUUUCGGAA